AUAUAACCGAAAUUGCACCAUGUGUUUUGAAGACUUCACCAACAGAUCAGCAGCUGAACAAACUUGCCAGGAGACUGGGACCCGAAUGGGAACAUAUAAUUCUGUGUUUGGGUUUUGCUGACAUCUAUCGAUGUAAAGUCAAUCACCCCCACAACCUACAGUCGCAGAUCGUAGCCGCCUUUGUCCUCUGGAGACAGCGUUUGGGGAAAAAGGCGACGAUCCAAAGUUUGCAAGCCAGUUUGCUGGCAGAAGAAGUGGAUCCUUCGGUGAUGCACUACAUGCUUGAGUGA